GCGGCACGUUCCUCCAUCGAUGCCAGCCAGGAGGACCACCGCAGCUGGAUGACCUACAUUAAAUGCGCCCGGAAUGAGCAGGAACAGAACCUGGAGGUGGUCCAGAUCGGGAACAGCAUCUUCUACAAGGCCAUUGAGAUGAUUCCUCCGGACCAAGAGCUGCUGGUUUGGUAUGGGAACUCCCACAACACCUUCCUGGGCAUCCCGGGCGUGCCGGGGCUGGAAGAGGAGCAGAAGAAGAACAAACAUGAGGACUUCCACGCGGUGGAGACAGGGGCCAGCACGACGGGGCGCAUGCGCUGCGUCAUCUGCCACCGCGGCUUCAACUCCCGCAGCAACCUGCGCUCCCUGCAGGCUCAUUCACCGGCCCUGCCCGUGCCCCAUCCUGCCUCCCUGGCCCAUCACAUCCCCACCAUGGUGCUGUGA